AUGGCUGGAAGGAAUGUUGUUGAUGUAUCUUCUUUCUUGCUCUUUGAGGCCACCGGUGAUUCUGAAGCUGAUUCUGAUCUCAAUAUGGUUGCAAUGACCAUGGAGGUGGAUGUAGCAGACGAUGAUGCACAAUCAUGCAGCUGUGAUUCAUCAGACUGUACACGUGUUAUAGAGUUUGAUGAUGAUUGUGAUGAUGAUCUUGAUUAUGAACUUCAUACCAGUGAUUCCGACGAUGAUGAUGAGAGUGAGGAGGAAGAAGAUCAGGAAGCUAUUGAUCACCGAGAUUGGACGGGUGAUAGUAAGUUGGUGCCACCCAAUACCGUGCGAGGUUUGGUGACAGCAGCAGGGCUACAAAAGACAUCAAGGACUUGUGUUGAAUCAACCAUGGAGAUGAUCAAUGAGAUUGAAAAUAACAGGCUUUUCUGGGAGGCUUGUUUGGCAUCUUGA